AUGAUUGAUUUUGUCCAUGCAUGCUGUCACCUUGUAAAGCCCAGCAUUACAUUUGAUGAUAUUAAUACUGUCCAUAGACAUCUCGAAAAAUUUUAUGAAAAAUGCAACAAAGUUUACACCACCAAAAUCCUUACCUCUCUCUUUCUUCCUGUCCUAUCCAAAUUUGUCUAUUCAUCUACACCUGUCCUUACCUUGAUAUCUGCCUCCUCCACAAUUGUUCAGCUACCAUUCAUUUUGCAAGCAUUUGUGGAUUCUUCUGAAACUACCAGAAUUCCUAUCUUAGGCAAAGAACCUCUCCCACGUACAUCCUUCCCACCACUAGAAAAGAGCUUUCAGACUAUGGUCAACAAUCAUCAGUCAAUUGCCCCGGCUCCAUCCCCGGAAUAUACUGAGCUUUUAAGAAGGCUCACUGCUAUAGAGGAAAGCCUCAAGACUAUGGAUUCCAACAUUGGCAUUGUCAUCAAGGGGAACAAAGAUUCAUUGGAAAUACUUGAUAGCAUUGCCAAUGCUUCUGGAGAACGUCUUGCAGUUAUUGCUCCUACUACUAUAUCUGCUUUUGCUUCUACUUUUUUUGGUAUCCCUUCUGCUACUCCUUCUGUUGCUCCUUCUGUUGGUCCAGUGGUUCUUACUGGUGCAAACACUGGUAAACUUAGUAAACAGGAUCGCACUAGAGUUUUACUGAUGCAUGAUCUUCAUGCAUACCUGGCUCCAAAGGUUGUUGGGACUAGUGUUCAAAAGCAUUUUGACUGUUGCAAGCUGACCUACCAUACAUUCAAGACUGAAAUUGAUGUGAAGGUGGGUAAGAGCUGCAAUAGACUGUUACAAAAAGAAGCAAUGUCUGAGGGCAAAUCUAAAGACAAUAUGCCUGAAGUCUUGAGCAACUGUGCGAUUUGUACAUACAAUCACUUUCUUAUGGUUGUUGAUGAUUUUAUACGUAAUCACAUGGACUUCAAUUUGUGUCAGAUGUUGAAAAGAUCCUUUGGUAGAGAUGCUGUUUUAGCAGUCCUGGCUAGAUUGACAUCCCUUCUCCCUCACUGGGAUUUUAGAGAUGAGUUUCAAUAA